AUGUUCUAUCAUCGGAUUAUUGAGAAAACCGACCUGAAGGGUUAUCGUUUUGAGACGCCUCUACUUAUGGAUGCUCCCAAGGUCAUAAAGUAUCGCAACAACAAUGGGGAAAUGCGAAUACAAGGUGUCACCUACAACAUCAUGGAAAUGUGUUUGGAAUAUUUGAAUGGCACUUUGAAGGAAUCCGAAGUCGAAUAUUCCCCCGAUGGUGUGGUGAAUAUGAAAAAUGUGCUGGAAGAUGUGCGUCAGCAUAAAGUGGAAUUGGCUGCGCACGGCUAUGCCUUAUUCCACAAUGAUGAUGAUGUGCAAAAAAGUUAUCCCUUACUCGUGGUCAAUUGGUGUCUGAUGGUGCCGAUUACGAACAAAGUGUUCACAAUGUUCUAUCCCAUAAUGCCAUUCCAUUGGACCGUGUGGCUUACCUUCCUUGUGGCCUUUAUCCUGAUCAACAUUGUCUGUUACUUCUUCUCCAAAUUCCACAAUUUGGACAAUAACAAUUUUAUUUUAAUUAAUUUUUGUAAAUUUAUUAAUGCCGCUCCACCCAUUUCCAGUGAUGGCAGUGAUAUGCCCUGGUUCGUAAUGGCCCUGAAUGGCUUUAUUUAUGUUCAGGGGUUCUUUUUGGCUUCGCACUACACCUCGAUGUUGGGUAGUUUCCUUGCGGUGACUGUGAUCAAGUCGGAUGUCAAUAGCAUUCACGAUGUCAUACAUCAGCAUUUGCCCGUUAUGAUUAUUGACUACGAAUUGGAGUUUCUACAGGGAGAAGGUUUUAAUUUCCCCCAACGAUUCUUGGAUAUGUUGCAUCCGGUUAAUACUUCGGUUUUCUUUGAACAUCAGCUGAAUCUGAAUAAUUCGUACGCGUACUUUGCCACCUAUGACACAUGGCAUUUCCUCAAUUUACAGCAGUCCCAUUUGAGGCCACCAAUAUUCCGAUACACGGAGGUUUGUUUUGGCGAUUAUCACAUGGCUUUUCCCAUGGUUGCGGAAUCGCCAAUUUGGCGUGAUAUUGAAUACUUAAUGUUUCGUAUCCACUCAUCGGGCCUAUACUAUUACCAUGAGAAGAAAUCAUUUGAAUAUGCUUUACGGGCAGGAGUGGUGCGUCACUUGGUGGAAGAUCCUUCAUUUCAUACAGUCGGCUUUACUCACUUGCGCAUGGUUGUGGGAUUUCUCAUAAUCGGUUAUUUUUUGGCAUUCUUAAGUUUUCUUCAUGAAUUGUGGCAAAAGCGAAAGGAGAAGAGAUCCUAA